AUGGCGCACGGGCAGGAGUCGUCGACGCAGGCCGCCGCAGCGCCAGCGCUGUGCGCGAACGGCUGCGGGUUCUACGGGAGCGCGGCGGCCAAGAACAUGUGCUCCAAGUGCUACCUAGAGCACCUCAAGGCCACCGAUACGGCCGCCCCCGCCGUCGAGGGGAAGACGAAGAUCAAGGCCGACGUGGCCAACCUCGUCUCCAACUUCAAGACGUCGCUGACCCUGCAGGACUCCGGCGCUGCCGCUGCCGCCGAAGCACCGGCGGCCGAAGCACCAGCGAAGAAGGCGGCGCCGACCAGGUGCAUGGCGUGCAAGAAGAAGGUCGGGCUGCUGGGGUUCGCGUGCCGCUGCGGUGGCACCUUCUGCUCGCUGCACCGCUACGUGGACGGGCACGCGUGCGAUUUCGACUACAAGAAGGUCGACCGGGAGAAGAUCGCCCAGCAGAACCCUCUGAUCGCGCCGUCCAAGAUCGACAAGAUUUGAAGGCAGAAGGGAGUUCAAAACAUGUACUACAGAGUUUUUUCUAGGGUCAUGUACAUAGUUACUGUCUCUUGUCUUUAGAUGUUUCACGUACGCACUAGCUUCUCAAGUUGAAGAGAGUGAUGUUAUCUUUCUUGCUCGUCGUCAUGUAUUCAUACAGAUCGGUGUAAAUUCAUACAGAUUGAUGUCAUCUUUCU